UAGCAGCAGGUCUGGCCAGGCAUAUCUGCUCUGUGACCAUCGAGUCUGUACCUCUUCCUGUAAAAUGGAGGUCCUAGUCCUGCACAGGGCUGUGGGACCAAUGUUUAUGAGACAGUGCCUGGCUAUGUUCAGUACCCAGAAGUACUAUUUCUUCACACUCCUCUCUGAAUGUGGGAUAGUCUCGAGAGGAACUGGGUGUGAGUGGGCUCGGGCCGGGCUCCUGUCGCUGGUACUCUCAAGGGUCGGUUAAUGAGCCCACAAGUGUGUGGGGCCGGUUAAGCCCUGUAGCUGGCGAGGUGGUGGCUGUGGGUCAGAGGCCCUCAAUCACAAUUGGAGGAAGGGAUUCAGGAAGUACUCACAGCUGCUCAGACAUCUCCAAGCCAAAUUCCAGGCGGCACCAACAAAAACAUUGCACGCUUCGGGGGAAGAGUCAUGGCCACCCGGGGUGGUCACCAGACAGGGGGUCUACAGCUCCAGAUACAGUCGGGGAUGGCACUAUUGGAGUCCAGGGGAAUCAUUUGCUCACAUCUUUCCUGAUGGUGCCUCUAGCAGCUGCCAGUAGAGCUGACCACAGCUCUUGGAGGUCUGACCUGAGGUUAAAACUAGACCGAAGGUCAUCUGAUUCCAGCAGAAGUGUUUGGUGGCGUACAGUGGCACAGUCCAAGGCCACAGACCAGAGUCUUAGAAGGCAGCGGAGAAGCAAUCCGACAUAAAGCCGCUAGCUCGUGGUUGCCAACAGCCAACUAAGGACACUAAGGCUCAGAGACCAUCCACAGUGUUCGGUGUGACGAGUGCCACUCAGAAAUCAUGGAGACAGCGGUGAUUGGGAUGGUGGCAGUGCUGUUUGUCAUCACCAUGGCCAUUACCUGCAUCCUCUGCUAUUUCAGCUAUGACUCACAGACCCAAGACCCAGAGAGGGGUCCCAGACGUAGCUUCACUGUGGCCACGUUUCACCAGGAGGCGUCACUCUUCACUGGGCCAGCUCUCCAAUCCCGGCCACUGCCGAGGGCCCAGAACUUCUGGACUGUUGUGUGAGGUUGGCAGUCCCUCAGCAUUUAUUCUGCUAGUGGGUCAGACCCAUCUACCCCUUCAAUAAGCAGUGUCUGCUGUCUCCCUCCUCCCAGGUCUCCAUCCUUAUCCUUCUAGGUUCCACAAACUUCUUGCCUUCCUCCAUUCUGGCUUGCUUUGUCCUCUAUCCUGGGAAGCUGAGGUGUUGGGACCAGAUGUGAGUUACCUCUAAGCUGAGCCAUCAGCUUGGCCCUACUCAAAAUGGGGCUGAGGCAUCUGAGGAGAUGUGGAUGGAUUCUGUGCAGUAUCCUAUGGUGGGGUAGCUCUAGCUAGCUAUGGAACCUCACUGGAAGUUAGCACCCAGUCAGCAGGGUACUGUGAUGGAAGUCUAUUUGCCACCCAAGGAACCAGAGCCCUCAAGUGGACAUUUUGAAGAACUAUGCGUUGGUUAGUAUUUUUGGAUGCUGCACGGUACCCAAACCUCAGGCUUGCUCCUGUGGCCUGAAAUCAGCCCUGAAAUUCUGAAAACGAAGAGCUGUUUUCUGGGAACAAGUGACUUAUUUUAUAAUUGAAGAUGUAUAUCCUUUUAUGGAUCUUUCCAAAUCUGCUCUGGAAAACCACAAAAGGAAGCAGAAUAGGAAAAGAGAGCCACAGAAAGCACAAGGUGUUUCGUUAGCAAGAGGGCCACCAAGAAGACUUUUAAACACAUCUUGAACAAGACGUGCUUUAUUGCUAUGGUCCGACAGACUGCAUCUAUUCUUAGCAAAUGUGAGUGAUUUGCGUCACUUAGGAAUGAUAGAAAAAUCGUGAACUGAAAGAUAAUUCCAAAAAAAGUUAAAAUGUUGUUACAUUUAGGCGCAUGUGAAGAAGCUGUUGAUUUUAACACAAAUAAAGGGACAUUUGUCUUUAUUAAUAGAAAA